AUGGAUGGGAGUAGCAGUGUGAGAAAGUGGGCGGAUGGUGUGCAGAAGCCCGCUCACCGGAGGCGCAAGACGGUGCUGGCUUGCACGAACUGCCGGCGGAGGAAGAUCAAGUGUACUGGGAAAUGGCCAUGUUCCAACUGCGAGGCGUACAGCUGUGUCUGCGAGUACGUCGACAAGGCUGCGCAGGUGAAGUUUGCCGGUGGGAGCGGAAACAGUGUUGGGACCGUCGCUGUAUCGUCCGAGUCACCGUCGUUGCCCACAGCAACCGCGGCGACGACCACGACACCUACUAUAUCAACGCUGGUGAACGAGGUGGAGUUGACGAGCCCGCCCCUUGCAGGCCCGACCACUGCGGUGGUAAGUCCUUCUCCAAACGGUCUCUACGAGGGCGAUAUCGAGGACGACGAGCGGUACGCUGCUCUGUCGGAGGCGCUCGCUCAGUUGAAGGCCGUGAGGCCCAAGAACUCUGUGAUCGAGGCGUUGGUCCAGGAGACUCAGGGGAAGCUGGACGAGCUUGCCGAUUCCUGGCAGCCACGAGUGAACUUGCAGUCGUUCCGCGGGGACAAGUCUCUCGAGACCGCGCUGAUGAAGAACAAGUACAGGGACAAGUUGCACUUGACGCGGUUUGCGUCGCUGACGACUAGUGAGAUGGAUUUCCCCGGGGCGAAGGCGGCACCGAGGAACGGCCGUGGGUUCGAUACUUGCACGCCCACGAACACGACGCUGAUGAACAACAUCUUCAACCAGCAACAGUCUUUCUUGUCCCGGUUGCCCCUCGUGGAUGACAUCUUUGGGCUGUACUCCCCCGUGGAGACCUUCUCACUGCGGGGGCUUGGAUUGCUCGUGCAGCGGUUUGCCCUUGAACCUUCGAGUGGUAGUAACGGUGGCAGCAGCUGUGGGGACGGGAUGCGCGAGAAAGUGAAGGCCACAGUGUACAUCCUGCUGCGGUUCUUUGACAUCUGCUGCUUGCACUUGAACGAGGGUGUUGUGUCGAUUGCAGACCCGUUGGAGAACUACCUUCGUAGCAGGGAACCUGGGUACAGGGCCAGUCCGCGGUGGUCGAGCCCGCACAGUUCUUUGAACGACAGGGACCUUGUGUUGCUGCUGAUUGGGAUGUUCCCGCAGCCGCUGACGGAGCAAUUGACCGGUGUGACGAGGCAGCGGUUUGAGUCUCUCGUGUCUGAGGGCCAGGACUUGGAGAUGUUCCGCACGUUGCUGCAGAUGUACGACAAGCACCGUGUUGCCUUUGAGCAAUUGAUCACGAGCAUGACUUUGGGGGACGGUGAGACGCUGUCGAUGCGGCCCCUGAACGAUUUCUGUGCGCUACAGGACUUGCUUCUGACGCUUUGUUACAGUUACUACAAUGCUACGUUGUAUCAUUUGGAUGAGUACAACUCGUUGGAGUACUUGGAGUUGCUGUUACAGUUCCUGGACCACGUGAAGUGGCUGGACCAAGCGUACGCUUACGAGAAAGUGCUUGCCGUGGCCGUGGACUGUGCAUUGAAACUUGGUCUGUCCCGGUGGGAGUACUACGUCGGGCUCGACGAGACGAACGCUGAGAGGCGGCGUGUUCUUUGGUGGAGGUUGUACUGUCACGAGAAGACGUACACUUUCCGAUGCGGGGCGUUAUCUGUGAUCGACGACAGGAAGGUCAAUUGUCUGUUGCCUCGGGUGUUCCGGUCACUACGGUUGGUGCAGUUCGCACCUGGGGGUUCCCAUGGUUCCGUGGACCGGUCUCUACUGGAUUCGUUGACCAGUGAGGAACUCCGUUUCUACGGGGAGUGUAGUAUGUCGCACGUACUGAGUGGGUACUACGAGUCAGUGUUGUACAACGAGCGGUACACUGCCAUUGACAACAGUGCGAAACCUCAACAUAUCCGUAAACGGUACCUGUCUGAGGUGAGUGUCUCCCUCGGGGCCACUAGUGACCAAUUGCAAGCUAUCCAGCGUGACACUGGGCGGCUGCUGGACCGGUCCUCGAGUGGGUACGACGACAUGUACGCUAUCAUUUGCCACUACCACGUGGCACUACUGCACCGGUCCACGAUCAAUCUAAUGAGCCGUUUGGAGGUCCCCCAGGGGACUGCAGCUCUACGUGGCAGUAUCCGUCAGAUAUACCGCGAGUGGCGUGUAUGUACACAAGUGGUGCUUGACUGCCCUACAGGGUACAGUAUGUGGCGAACGUUCCAUUACUACACGAUGUUGCUACUGAUGGUGUGUCCGCAGACACUGACCCCUGAGUCACAACUGACGAUGGGGGACGUUGUGUCCGUGUUGCGGAUCUUCUGGCGGAUCGUUCAGAUGACGCGGCAGUACGUGGACCCCAUGGGGCUCCGUGAGACGGGGUUCCCCGCGAACGACGCGAUCUGCCGUUCGGAGACCUUCAAAGAUUUUGGCCGGUCGUUCUCGAUCUUCUCUAUUCUGAUUCGACUUAUUUUACUGGAUAAGUUACAGAAGAACAGCUGGACGGAGGCGGAUCUGCACGCGGCGGUACGGCAAGAACAAGAACAACCGCCAGGCGCUGGGCCCCCCGGCGGGGCGUGCACCGCAGACGACCUGUGCAAGCUGGUCGAUAUGUUUCUGGACCACGGUUCGUACCUGUUCAGUUUCAUCUUGGCCCGCCAGUGGCCAGCAGCGAGAGCCCGCCGCCCGCCGCUGGGGGUUCCGGCAGCAGCCCCCGCAGCAGCCCCGCCCGCGCCGCCCGCGCCGCCCGCGCCCACGAAGCCCCUGCCCGCCACCCGCUGGCGCAGUGGCCAGCCACACUGGCCGGCCCCCGCCGCUCCCUCUGCCCCAGCCCCGGCCCCCGCCCACGCCGGCCCGCCCGCCCACGCGCAGGCGGCGGACUUCCUCGCCGCGGAGAACUACAGCCUGGGCUCCCUCGAGGAUUCGUCUCGAACACGAACCUGA